UCACGAGGUUCUUCCUUUCUCAGCCAGCACCGUUGGAGCGGGUGAGUGCGUGGCGUUGAUGGACUGGUGAAAUCUCUCAAAAUUUACUCAAGUCAGCCAAUUUGAGUUUCACUAGAACGCCGCCAACAUGCCGGCGUAUUUCCAAAGGCCAGAAAAUGCCCUGAAACGAGCAAACGAGUUUCUUGAGGUUGGCAAAAAGCAGCCAGCUUUGGAUGUUCUGUACGAUGUCAUCAAAAGCAAGAAACAUCGAACAUGGCAGAAGAUCCACGAGCCCAUCAUGCUCAAGUACCUGGAGCUCUGCGUGGAUCUUCGCAAGAGCCACCUGGCCAAGGAGGGUCUCUACCAGUACAAGAACAUCUGCCAGCAGGUGAAUAUCAAAUCUCUGGAGGAUGUGGUCAGGGCUUACCUGAAGUUGGCAGAGGAGAAGACUGAGACAGCCAAGGAGGAGUCCCAGCAGAUGGUCCUGGACAUCGAGGAUCUGGACAACAUCCAGACUCCUGAAAGUGUUCUCCUGAGUGCUGUGAGUGGAGAGGACACCCAGGAUCGUACAGAUCGCCUGCUGCUCACUCCCUGGGUGAAGUUCCUGUGGGAGUCUUACCGUCAGUGCCUGGACCUUCUGCGGAACAACUCCAAGGUGGAGCGCCUGUACCAUGACAUCGCCCAGCAAGCAUUCAAGUUCUGCCUUCAGUACACCCGUAAAGCAGAAUUUCGCAAGCUAUGUGACAAUCUGCGCAUGCAUCUGGGUCAGAUCCAGCGUCACCACAACCAGAGCACUGCUAUCAACCUGAACAACCCUGAAAGUCAGUCCAUGCACCUGGAGACACGCCUGGUGCAGCUGGACAGCGCCAUUAGCAUGGAGCUGUGGCAGGAAGCAUUCAAGGCUGUUGAAGACAUCCAUGGACUGUUUGCUCUUUCCAAGAAGCCUCCCAAACCCCAGCUGAUGGCCAACUACUACAACAAGGUGUCUACUGUGUUCUGGAAGUCUGGGAAUGCUCUCUUCCACGCCUGCACCCUCCACCGGCUCUAUCACCUCUCAAGGGAGAUGCGUAAGAAUCUGACCCAAGAUGAGAUGCAGAGGAUGUCCACCAGAGUCCUCCUGGCUACACUGUCUAUUCCUAUCACCCCUGAGCGUACUGACAUUGCUCGGCUGCUGGACAUGGAUGGCAUCAUUGUAGAAAAACACCGCAGGCUGGCCACCCUCCUGGGCCUGCAGUCUCCACCAACCCGGCAGAGUCUCAUCAAUGAUAUGGUGAGAUUUAACCUGCUCCAGUAUGUUGUACCUGAUGUGAAAGAACUCUACAACUGGCUUGAAGUUGACUUUCAUCCUCUGAAGCUGAGUGGAAGAGUGACCAAGGUGUUGAACUGGGUGAGAGACCAGGCUGAGAAGGAGGCUGAUCUGCAGCAGUAUGUCCCUCACCUGCAGAGUAAUACCAUCCUGAGGCUCCUGCAACAGGUUGCACAGAUCUAUCAAAGCAUCGAGUUCACCCGUCUGGCUUCCCUGGUUCCAUUUGUGGACGCCUUCCAGCUAGAGCGCUCCAUUGUGGAUGCUGCCCGGCACUGUGAUCUGCAGGUCCGUAUAGACCACACCUCUCGAACACUGAGCUUUGGCUCUGACCUCAACUACUCAACCAAAGAAGAUGCCCCUGUUGGUCCUUUCCUGCAGAACAUGCCCUCAGAACAGAUAAGGAACCAGCUGACUGCCAUGUCUUCUUCUUUGGCCAAAGCCAUCCAGGUCAUCAAACCUGCCUCCAUCCUGCAAGAGCGUGAGGAGCAGAGCCAGCAGGCCAUCGCUGCCUAUCUGAAAAAUGCCCGCAAGGAUCACCAGCGCAUCCUGGCUCGUAGACAGACCAUCGAAGAGCGUAAGGAACGCCUGGAAAGCCUGAACAUUCAGCGUGAGAAGGAGGAGCUGGAGCAGCGUGAAGCUGAGAUGCAAAAGGUUCGUAAGGCUGAGGAGGAGCGUCUGCGCCAGGAGGCCAAAGAGAGGGAGAAGGAGCGUAUCAUGCAGGAGCAUGAGCAGAUCAAAAAGAAGACAGUCCGUGAACGGCUGGAACAGAUCAAGAAGACUGAACUUGGAGCCAAAGCCUUUAAAGAUAUUGAUAUUGAGGACCUUGAGGAGCUGGAUCCUGACUUCAUCAUGGCCAAACAGGUGGAGCAGCUGGAGAAGGAGAAGAAGGAACUUCAGGAGCGUCUGAAGAACCAGGAGAAGAAGAUUGACUACUUUGAAAGAGCAAAACGCCUCGAGGAGAUUCCUCUCAUCAAAAAGGCUUAUGAGGAGCAGCGUAUCAAGGACAUGGAACUAUGGGAGCUCCAGGAGGAGGAUAGAAUCAGUAACAUGAAAGUUGAACGGGAGAAGGCUCUGGAGCACAAGAAGCGCAUGUCCAGGAUGAUGGAGGACAAAGAAAACUUCUUGUCCAAAAUAACUGCUGCCCGUAGCUUCAUUUAUGAGGAAAAACUGAAAGCUUUCCAGGAGCGCUUGGUGGAGGAGAGAAAGAAGCGCAUGGAAGAAAGGAAAAAGCAGCGCAAAGAGGACAGGCGUAAUGCUUACUACCGUCAGAAAGAGGAAGAAGCACAGCGUAUCCAUGAGGAGCAGCUCAAGAAAGAGCGUGAGGAGCGUGAACGCCUGGAACAAGAGCAGAGAGAAGAGGAGGAGAGGGAGUACCAGGAGCGUCUGCGCAAACUUGAAGAGCAGGAACGGAAGCAGCGUGCUCGACAGCAGGAGAUUGAGGAGCGAGAACGCCGACGUGAGGAGGAGAAAAGGGUCCCCCAGGAGGAGAAAUCCAAGGAUUGGGGCGAGAAAGAGAAGGAGGAUGGAGGAGGAUGGAGGAGGCGUACUGAAGGAGGUGAUUCAGAAUGGCGUCGUCCUGUGCCUGACAAGGAAUGGAGACAGGAGGGCCGUGAAGAUGACAGAGAGGAGAGAGAGGGGCCCUUUAGGCGAGAAGGUCUCCGCAGGGGCGGAGAUGACAGAGGACCCCGUCGCGGCUUUGAUGACGAUAGAGGUCCACGCCGUGGUGGUGAUGAUGACCGUCCUCUGCGCAGAGGGAUGGAUGAUGACCGUGGUCCACGUAGAGGUUUUGAUGAUGACCGUGGCCCGAGGCGUGGUUUUGAUGAUGACCGCGGUCCCAGGCGUGGCUUUGAUGACGACAGAGGUCCCAGAAGAGGCAUGGAUGACUCCAGGGGUCCCAGGCGUGGGGCUGAUGAUGACUGGGGUCCCAGAAGAGGAGGAGAUGAUGAAAGAGGUGGAAGGAGAGGCAUGGAUGAUGGGCCACGUCGUGGUGGUGAUGACGCCAAACCCUGGAAGCCCCUGGGCCGACCUGGUGGUUGGCGUGAGCGGGAGAAGGCUCGAGAGGACAGCUGGGGUCCUCCUCGUGAUAACGCCAGUGAUGAAAGAGAUGAUACUGAAGGAGAGAGGAGACCCAGCGACAACUUCAGAGACCGUCGUCCAGUCAGAGAGGACAAUACCUGGAGGAGAGCAGGUGCAGAGGAAGGAGGAAGCAGCUGGAGAGAGUCUCGCAGAGAAGAUGCCGACCGCGAUGACCGCCAUGACCGCCGUGAUCGCGAUGACCGCCGUGACCGCGAUGACCGCCGUGACCGUGAUGAACGCCGUGACCGUGAUGAUCGUCGUGGUGAGCGCCGUGAUUUUGGACGCCGUGAUGAACCUCGUGAUAGAGAGCGCCGGGAUGACCGUGAACUGAGAGGCCCACCCAGAGAUCAAGAUGAUGGAGGUUCUUGGCGUCGCGGAGGCGGAGGCGAAGACAAGCGUGAGGAGCGGCCCAGGGAGAGGGAGCGGGAGCGUGAGCCUGAGGGAGACAAGGGUUGGCGUUCAGACAAAGAAAACCCUCGCCGCACCAAGAACGAGAUAGAUGAUGAUGGCUGGACCACUGUCCGCCGCUGAGUUACAAUCUCUGCAUCCUAUAGAUUCAGUUCAUGAUAAAUUGGUUUUGAAAAAAAAUAAUAUUCGGUAUCCCAUCAGCCAGUUAGCAACAGUGGUGAUUUAAUGGCAACAAGAUUCUGAUACUCCUGUGCAUAAUUCCUUUGAAUUGAAUAUUUGUAGACAGUAGUUUUCCUGGGGAUUUUUUUCUUCUCUUUAUUUUGACUUUCAGCAGUUUUGAAACAGAGGCUCCUUACCACCCAAAACACCAUCAGCCAGUGAACUUGUGUGCACUUAGGCCUCAUGCAAACCAUCAGUGUAAACAUGACUGCCCCAGUGGUUAGGAGUGUUAUUACCUUACAUGAAGAAAUUAAACUGGAUAAACUGAAAAACUGUACCUGCUCCAAUGUUCAAUGCAAACUCAGUGCAUCACCAACUGCCUCUUUUAAAUAAUUGACCUUUGCAUUUAUGUCGUAAUACCACAGAUCCACAACUCUUUUAAUGGCAAUGACUAGAAAUCUGUCAUCUGCUUCAGUGAUCUCUGCUCUUCAUCUAAUGUUUCAGAUGCUUCUUAACCUGUUUAACAACUAGUGGAAUGGACUUAACAUUUUGAUGUGCAUGCAUAGAGUAUUCAAUUGGUCUCGCUCGAUAUCCAGUGUGUGGUUCUAUCUUGCUGCAAUCGGCGGUAUCAAACCAGGUUGCAUGUGUACAGAUAAAGCCUUUAUUAAUAAAUAUGUUUGCUCACCACCUAA